GGAAUGUCACUGAAUCAUAUACCAUAUAGCAUUUUACGCUGAAUUGAGAUCGUUCAUAAGGUUGAUCUAUGUUUACGAAAUUUUAAGUUUCACUCUAUUUCAAAAUAUUCGAUUUUUCUGUUUAAUCAUGAAAAAAUGCUGCAGAGUCCCAAAAACCCAAGGAAAAAAUCAAACAGUCGAGUGGAGCGAAAGCCUAAUGACUCCGAUAUUCCAGAACCUUGUCCAUUUUCCGAUGCCAGCUUUCCGACUCUGCGAAUUCCGGCCUUUCUGGGAAAUCUUAUGCGACCAGUGAAAGUGUGGGACAUGAUCAUAAUUGAAGGAAAGGUGCCAAUCAAUGCCACUAGCAUGACGAUAUCCCUUGAAACUACCAAAAAUCCCGCAGAAACAGUGCCCUUUCAGUUCACUGUCAAAUUUUUAGAGCAGACAAUAUCCUGUAAUGCAAAAAUUUCUGGGGAAUGGGGAGUGGAAGAAACUCUCAACCGGACUUCUGGGAAGGGGAAAAAAAUGUUACUGAAAAGAGGAAAACGUUUUACAUUUACGCUCCUCAUGACUCAGGAGGACUUCCUGAUUUCCAUCAACAAAAAGUCAGCCGGGUGCUAUCCAUAUCGGUCAAAAUUGAAGCUCGUAAGGACUGUUCGAGUGAGUGGCGACGUGUAUAGGGUGUUACGAGUCGACCAUCGUUCCAUCUUUCCAUCACCGUGGCCGAAAUAUAUAACUCCGGCUAUGAUAAGCUUUGACGCACCCGAGCGGCUUGUUAUCGGCUGGGUUAUAGUUUUCGGCGGAAUAAUGUAUGCAAAAAAAGGACAUUCAUUUGACAUACGACUAUUUGAAAUGGGAACACAACGAAUAAGACUAUUAAUGCGCCUGGAUAAGGGCCGGAUUUCAUACUAUGAGAAUUGCUCAGCAUUCGGAUACGACCUCUCACUCUCACAUGAAACUAUUCAAGAGUCGAAUCCUUUGGAGCACAUGAAGCCAUUUCGCAUUGCCAUAGCUUUAGCUGCUGAAGGAUUUCGGAUUGCCAUCAAUGGUGAACUUCAAACGUCAUAUCCUUAUUUUUCUCGGGUGCGAGCCGUGAGCGGCCUUAAAUUACUGGAACAGGCUGCUCGAGUUAGUGUCUUUUCUGUCGAUUACGUAAAGCUGGACAAUGAACGCUGUUUGGGGUUUGCAGUGCUAUCAAAAUGGAAUUUCUGUUUAACGUAGAUAUAGAGAAUUUUAAACAAGUGGAUUAUUUUUAAUUUUUAACAAACUCCUUCUAGAGACAGAUUUUGUGGAUAUGGUUUACUAUGUAAUCCGUACUACAAAUGCUGUAGGUUAUUCGAUAUAUUAUUAAUUCCUUUCAUCUUACGAUCAAAUUAUCCUAGACUCUAGCAUGUAUUACAUCCGUAGUUCUGUAUUUCUGUUGAGGAAUAAAGACUGUCCGUUUAACGAUAUA